AUGGCAGUUCCGCCGGCGCGUAGGGGUUUAAUCAGAAAAAUAUUGGCGGUUUUGCUUGUGGGAUUGGCAGCUUGGUUGUAUCAGUCAAUUCAACCUCCAGUCCCGAAAAUUUGUGGAACACCGAAUGGCCCUCCUGUUACAUCACCUAGAAUCAAGCUCAAAGAUGGAAGGCAUCUCGCAUAUUUAGAAAGUGGUGUUCCUAAGGAAAAGGCCAAGUAUCAAAUUGUUUUCAUUCAUGGCCUGGAUUGCACCAAAUCUAAUGUGUUUCCUUUCUCCCUGGAAGUGCUCGAAGAGUUAGGGGUACAUGUGCUGUCUUUUGACAGACCUGGGUAUGGAGAGAGUGAUCCAAACUUACAUCAAACAGUGAAAAGUAUAGCUUUAGAUGUUGAAGAACUUGCUGAUCAGUUGAAGCUUGGACCGAAGUUCCAUGUUAUUGGAUUUUCUCUUGGAGGACAGUUAGUUUGGAGCUGUUUGAAGUACAUCCCUCAUCGGCUUGCAGGAGCGGCUAUUGUUGCUCCAAUUGCCAAUUACUGGUGGCAUAAUUUACCUGCUAAUUUAUCUAAAGAAACUUUUGCUCAACAACCUCCACGAGAUCAGUGGGCGAUUAGAGUUGCUCAUUAUGCCCCUUGGUUAACAUUUUGGUGGAACACCCAAAAGUGGUUCCCUGCAUCAAGUGUUUUAGCUCAUCGGUCCGACCAUCUUGAUGCAAAAGACAAAGAGAUAUUGUUGUCGGUUGGAAAUCGCUAUUCGGAGCAAGUGAGACAACAAGGAGACUUCGUUUCGGUCCAUCAGGACCUGAUCAUAAGCUAUCAGAAGUGGGAGUUUGAUCCCAUGGAUCUAAAAAACCCUUUUCCAGCCAAUGAAGGUUCUGUGCAUUUGUGGCAUGGUGCACGCGAUAUAAUAGCUCCGGUCUCAUUGACGCGGUAUUUUGCCGAACAACUCCCAUGGAUUCACUAUCAUGAGUUACCUGAUGCUGGCCAUUUGUUCCCACUGGCUGAUGACAUGAGUGAUGCUAUCUUAAAGGCACUUCUUGCUUAGAGCUCAGUAGCUCUGAUCCUGUUGUAUCUGAGUUUCUUUUUGGACUAGUAUUUGUGUGUAUGUUCAGUUUUUCAGUUUCCUUGACUUGAUCUUAUACUUAAAACUUUCAUAGCCACCAAUCAGAUUUUGCAGUGAUGUAAUUCAAGCAUUUUCAACCUGAUUUUGCCUGUCCGUUUGAAUUAACAAGAUUGAGAUUGUGAUGGA